AUGGCAUACGGCGCGCAGACGUCGUGGUCCAUUUCCGCGCCAUCACGGCGUCCUCUCGCGCCGCCAGCGGGAACCGAUCGCAAGGAAAAAGGUGGAGGUGCAUGGGGCGAAAACUCGAGGAAAACGAGACACGGCAAGUUGGUAGAAAAGGCUGACUACCGCGCCUGGAAUGACGUGGAGGUGUUCGACGUCCCGUCUGAUCUUCGAAGGCCCGGCGCCGAAGCGGUGGUUGAGCACGUGAAGUUUUUCGGCCUGGAGGAGCUGUUCCCGAGCACGGGGCUGCAAGAAAAGUUCAAUGCGGAUGCAGCGUUCAGGACUGCCAUUCGCAGGGCUAUUCGCGACGAUCUGUUCGUCCCGGACCCGAACGCGAGCGAUAAGGUGAACGCCGCGAUAUCGUCACUGAGCUCUUCGCUCAUGGUGAACUGGAAAUCUUCGCGGACCGGGUACGCGUCGUUGACGAAAGUGUUUGCCGACAACGCGGUGCAAAACUUGACGGGGGAGAACUUUAUCCAGACUCUCGGCAAGCUGUGCGGCCCGGUGAGCCACGGCUCGUUGAUUGACAUCACCAGCACCGGACGGAAGCAGGAACGUCAUUCAUGGCACCAGGACUCGGGGCUGGAUCGGUUCACGGUGAUGGUCGGCUUUCCGCCGGAGAGCAACUGGACAGGCGUCGGGGUUUUCAGUCACUCGUGCAAACUGUCCCACCCGCUGCGUCAGGAUGGUGACGAGGGAGAAGUGAUCCAGUGGGAGGAUUACGAAGCCGGCGAGCUCCCCGUGAGUGCCAUCGGACGACCAGAGUAUAGCCCCGGGCGCGAGGUGAUGGUCUAUUGCGAUGCGACUCACCUGCACAGUGCUCCCGACGAGACUAACCGAGAGAGCGUGUGGCGUUUCAUGUAG